AUGGAUUUUGACGAUAUAAGCCUGGACGAGUUUGACAAGCUAAAGCAAGACUGGGGAAUCUGUGAGCCGACGAGCCGUUAUCGACACCGGGAUGACUGUCUCCUCCACUCAAUGCACUGUGGCUCCUUCAACUUUAGCUUCCGCCUAUACUGGGACGAUGGUGCCGAGGACUGGCUGAUCCGGUUCCCCUUGCCGGGGAAAUCCAUGAUCUUGGACGAAAAAGUCUGCCGAGAGGCCCUCCUUAUGCAGUAUGUUGCAAAUAAUACCUCGAUUCCCGUGCCCCGCGUCAUUGCCUAUGGGGCCGCGAGUGAGAAUCCGACGGGCUUGGGAUCUUUCCUCAUCAUGACCUGGAUCGAAGGGAAAAAGAUGUCGGACCUUCUCCGCAAAGAGGGUGACGCCUGUCAAAGAAAAAACACUCAAUCCGAUCAUCGGCCAGCAGAUCUUGCGAACCAUCUAUGGACAAAUGGCGGGAAUUCUGCUAGAGCUCUGGGCUCUCGACUUUGA